UGCAUGAAAAAGCAGCCGAGCUGGAGAUCGAGUCUGCAGAUCGGUGUGGGGUCAGAUGCCUCGGCGAUAUUGUUCGAUCAUAUUUUGUCUUGCAGGAGGAUUUGUUGUCGAUCAGUAGUACAGCUAUUGUCCUUAUGAAUAUCAGUAUCAUGAAGGCUAGCUCAUUCCCUCCUUCCUUCCUUCCUUCAACUCGGGACAUACUCGACAGAUCAACAAAAAGGCUCUCAAAACAACAUAACAUAGCGUACACAACAUGGCAAAACCGAUGUUUGCCCGUCGUCUUGCAAAGGAGCUCAAAGACCUGGCGAUGAACCCACCAGCAGGAGUCGAUAUCAUUGACGCAAACGACUUCAAGGUUUGGAAAUUGGGUCUUGCAGGGGCUCCAGGAACCCUUUACGAGGGAGAGAAGUUCCAGCUUGAGUUCAACUUUGGGCCGAACUACCCUCUAGAAUCUCCUCAGGUACUCUUUGUCGGCGAUAAUGUGCCCAUUCACCCACAUAUCUACAGCAAUGGCCACAUCUGUCUGGACGUUCUGUACAACCAUUGGAGCCCCGUACAGACAGUAGCAUCCAUAUGUCUGUCUCUCCAGUCCAUGUUGUCCAGUUGUACUAGCAAGGAGCGGCCCCCAGACAAUGCCACAUACGUCAAAACCGCCAGGGCAAAUCCCAAGCACACUGCAUGGGCAUUCCACGAUGACACUGUUUGAGGGCAUACGUGGGAUAAUCAGCUGCGGCGGAUUAUGCCCAAGCAAGCCAUUCCUGAACAUGGGCAAAGAAUCCUUCAAUCAAAACAUCGAACAAGGAACUUAUGCGUAGAUCAGGAACACAAAGCAAAAUGCCAAUAAAAAGAGGGGUGUAUGUGCAUCAGGUGUAAAAACCAAGGCG